GGCGGCAGCGGCAGCGGCGGCGGUGGCGGCGCUCGAGCCAGUGCCCGUGACUUCCUGCGUGCGUGCGAGUCCGGCGACUCGGCGCUGGCUCAGUCGCUCCUCGAGUCCUCCGAGGCCCUCUCGGUGGACUGCACCCGCGCCGGCGCCUUCGCCGGCGCCUUCGCCGGCGCCUUCGCCGGCGGCGAGGGCGGCGAGGGCGGCGAGGAGGAGGAGGAGGAGGAGGACGACUCCGGCGACACCGGCCUCCACCUGGCGGCCGCCGGAGGCCACGAGGCCCUGGUGAAGCAGCUGCUGCGGCGCGGGGCCACCAUCGACGCUCGCAACGCCGCCGGGUGGACGCCGCUCAUGCAGGCGUCUCGCGAGGGCCACACCUCCGUGGCCCUCGCCCUCCUGGCCGCUGGUGCCGACGUCGCCGCCCGCGGCUGCUAUGGCUGCACGGCACUGGCGCUGGCGGCCGGAGCCGGGCACACGGCCACUGCCAGGGCCCUGCUGGAGGCCGGGGCCGAACCGGGACGCGGUGGUGGCGACGGUGGUGGUGGUGGUGGUGGUGGCGGUGGUGGUGGUGGCGGUGGUGCUGGGUGGAGCUGCGAGGAGGAGACGGCUCCGCCGCCCCUGGCUCUAGCGGCCUACGGGAGGCACGACGCUGUCAUCAGGGUGCUGCUGGACUGGGGGGCAGAGGUGGACGAGGCGGUUUCCGUGACCGGCUGGACUCCGCUGCUACUGGCGGCCGCCUCGGGCGACGUGGCGGUGGCCCAGCUGCUCGUGUCUCGGGGGGCCGAGCCGGACCGCGCCGACGUCGCCGGCCGCACGGCCCUCGCCGUGGCGUCGGCGCUGGGACGCGCCCAGGCCCAGCGCUGGCUGGAGGGCCGCACCACGGCACGGCCCGAUGACGGACAGAAAAAGAAGGACAUUUUCUAUGCCCUCAAGCUCGGUGACGUGGCUCUGGCGCGUCGCCUCCUGGUGGAGGGUGAUGAAGAAGCGGAGGGCGGUGGCGGUGGUGUUGGUGGUGGCGGUGUUGGCGGUGUUGGUGUUGCCGGUGUUGGUGGUGGUGGUGCCGGCGGCUCGGCAAGGUCCCAGGCUUCGCGGCUGGGCCAGGACGGCGCCAGCCCCCUGAUUCUGGCGGCCGUGCUGGGUGACGUGGGCCUGGUGGAGGCCCUCGUGGACGCCGCUCCGGCCCUGCUCGACCACCGGGACCACACCAACGGGUGGACGGCACUCAUGCAGGCAGCCUAUCACGGACACACGGACGUGGUGCGGCUGCUGGUGCAGCGUGGAGCUGAUGUGAGCGUCAGGGCGAGGAACGGCUGCACGGCCUUCAACCUCGUCACCCUGCUCAGCCACGACGACACGGAGUUGGUUCGCUUCCUGGGCUCCGUGUCCACGCGUAGGCCGGAGGCCCCCGGCCGCUGCCCCGCGGGCCGCAAGUCCCGCGGCCUCCUCCUGCCCCCGUUGCCGUCGCCCGCACGCCGCGCCAGCGGAGACACGCGGCAGCGGGAGGGAGACACGCGGAGGGAGACACGCGGCAGCGGCGAGGGAGACACGCGGAGGGAGACACGCGGCAGCGGCGGCGGCAGCAGGGACGGCAACAACGGCAAGACGACUCCGGACGGAGACGCAGGCCCCCGGCACGGCGGUCUCAAGCUCUGGUGGAGCCGCAUGUCCAACCGCUUCCACAACCUCAAGCUGUCCGGCACCUUGCGCCGAGGCGUCUCCACCGGACGCCUGGCCCCUUACCCAGGCACGGCCGACGACCGUACCGCCGGUGGUGGCGGUGGUGGCGGUGGUGGUGGCGGUGGUGGCGGUGGUGGCGGUGGUGGCGGUGGUGGUGGUGGCGGCGGCAGAGGGAGGCGGUGGUCCGGACCGAGCGACGGGCCGACUGACGGCGAUGGGGAGGGGGAGGAGCUUGAGAGGGGCGGCACUGUCAUGGCCGCCUGGCCGGAGGCGGACGUCGGAGUUGGCAACUCCGCAGAGUUUCCCGACCCUCUGUUGACUACCAUGAUGCACCGGGGCUCUCCGCUGUCGCGUCCCCCGAGUGAGGAGCUCCGUGCCGUCAUCGCCCCGUUCCUGCCGCCCACCAAGUUAGAGUUGCGGGGGGCUGAGCGCUCGCGGCCGGCUCAGCAACGCCACCACCACCACCACCACAGCAACAACCACAGCAACAACCACAGCAACAACCACAGCAACAACCACAGCAACAACCACAGCAACAACCACAGCAGCAACCACAGCGUCCACCUCGCCCCUCGGACAAAGGGUGGUGGAGGUGGUGGUGGAGGUGGAGGUGGUGGAGCGGCCUCUGAUGUGACGUCUGUGAGCAGAGUGGUGAGGCCUGGGCGAUACCAAGUGACGUCCCGAGGCGGGGGUGGCUCUCCCUCCACCUCGCUCCACUCCUCCAGCACCGUCACGACCUUCAACCACUCGGGCGGGGCUGCACCACCAGGAGGGAUUCUGUCUCAGAUGGCCGCCCAGAGGAGGGGGCGGGGCGAGGAGGGGGAGGAGCCUGGGGCGAGGGCGCCGCCCUCCUCCCAAAAUGCAGCGCGGCAGCGGCGGCCCCCCCCCACCGUCGUGGGGGCCCCCAGCGGUGGGCGGGGAGGGGGCAGCCCCCACGGGAUGUCCACCGGUUCAGAAUUGUCCACCACCACCACGACCUCCGCCAAAUCCAAAAGCACCUCACCAACGCUCACCCCGUCACCCUCACCGUCACCGUCACCGGCGCUCACCACACGACCCCUUGCGGUGGUUGGGGCGGCCAGGGCGGUGGGUGGUGGUGGCGGUGGUGGUGGUGGUGGCGGUGGUGGCGGCGGUGGUGGAGGAGCGGAGGCUUCCAGGUCUCGCUCUGUUGAGAGCUCAUCAGCAGUGACUGGCGGUAGUGGUGACUCCAGUACCAGCGGAACCCUCACGGAGGAAGCUGAUGAGCUCUCGGCCAUUCUGAAGAAGCUGUCGCUCGAGAAAUAUCAUCCAAUAUUCGAGGAGCAGGAGGUGGAUCUGGAGGCCUUCCUCACGCUCUGUGAUCACGACCUGCUGGAGCUGGGCAUCUCCACCGACGCUCCCCGGCAGCAAAUCCUCUCGGCAAUCGCUGAACUCAACGACACCAAGGACCGCAAGAGGCUCUUCCUGCAGGACAACGUGGAGAACCUGCAGUGGUCAUUCGGCAGCAGUGCCAGCAACACCCAGUGCAUGGUGCAGCGUGCGGAUGUCUCCUUCUAGAACCUGGGUCUCAGGUUCUAGAGUAGAGACCGGGUCUCAGGUUCUCAGUGUCUAGAGUAGAGACCUGGUCUCAGUGUCUAGAGUAGAGACCAGGUCUCAGGGUCUCAGUGUCUAGAGUAGAGACCUGGUCUC